GUAAAAAAGUAAAUUGUAAUUGCCUCCAUUAUCUCUUCAAAUAUUAUGUUGCCAUAGUCGUGCACAUAUGCCAUGCAAUUGUUUGUCAUAUAUGUAGCCAAUUCCUUGAAAGAUAUGAAAACAACCUUUUAUAAGUAAUAGUAUGUAAUAUUUUUGUAUUGUUGUACUUUACAAUUUAGAAAAGGGUUAAUACCCUAGUUUGGCCCGAAGUUUAGCGUUAGUGACCGUUCUGGCCCCAUUUUUCAAAUAUGACAUUUAUGGCCUACUUUUGAAAUUAUUGGACAAAUUUGGCCUAUGAUUUAAAUUGACCGUCAAAAUUAACGGUCAACUAUUUUUCCGUCAGUGACUGAGCAUCAAAAUGCUGAGGUGGAUCCAAGAUAACUGGCACAUCAUUUUUUUAGGUUGAAAAAAUUCAAAAACAAAAUCUUAAAACAAAAUAAAACAAAAAAACCAAAAUCCAAUCUUCACCCUAACUCCCUCCCCUCACGACCCAAUUCACUACCCUCCCCACCCAAUGGAUUUCCUAAAAUCUUCACCCAUCCUCCCUACCCAUCUCGCCACCAUUUCCAUCUCUAGCUACCUCCAUUCCAUCUUCCCUGUCCUUCUUUUUGUCCGUCCGCUUCUGUUGCUGCUCACUCGAGAUCCCGUCCACAAAUCACUAGCCGAUGCUCUCUGUCUGUCCUUAUGUCUCUCCUCGUCGGGCUCAAGACGGUUCCUCUUCCGCGGAGGCGAUGGGAGCGCUGACGGUGCAACGCGCGUGUUUGGUUCGAUGAUGGAGAGAAAGAAGAGAGGGAAGGGGAUGGAUUGUCGGAUCUCCCUGUCCCAGAUCUGCCGAUCUCGUUGUCGAACCAUUAGGCGGCAAGGUGAUCCAAGGGAAGAAGAAACAACCAGAGAUUAUGGCGACAGAGGCGAGCUAGCUUGGACAGCACCGACGCGUCCUGGGUGGCGUCAACGUUGGGGAUUGUCUCGAAUCGGCGGCGGCGGGUUUGGCAAGAGCACGGCGGCGGCGGGUUUGGAAAGAGCACGACGGCGCUGGGUUCAUUUGUUUAGGGCAUCGAUUUGGCGAGGGGAGAAGAAGACGGCGGGCGGUGGCACUGGGUUUUGUUAGCGGCGAUUUGGCUGGGGAGGGGCUGGUGGUGGGUCUCUAAUUAUUUAGGGUUACGUGUAUUUGGGGAGGAUAAUGGAGAAAGAAGAUGAGGAAGGGGAAGAGUGGUCCGUGCCCCCUCUCUUUUUUUUUUUUUUUUUUGCUUUUUAUUUUAUAUUAAAUAAUAAUGACUUGUUUUGGUAAAAAUAAUGAUGUGUACACAUCCAGUCAGCACAGUAUGUUGAGUUACUAACGGAGAUAAUAGUUGACCGUCAAUUUUGACGGUCAAUUUAAAUUAUAGGCCAAAUUUGUUCAAUAAUUUCAAAAGUAUGCCAUAAAUGUCUUAUUUGAAAAAUGAGGCCAGAACGGUCACUAACGCUAAACUUCGGGCCAAACUAGGGUAUUAACCCUUUAGAAAAAUUCGAGAUAAAAUGUUAUAACCUAUGUUCUAGAAGUUACAACAUAAAAAGAAUACGAUAUUGAUAAUGAUUAGGGAUGGUAAUCGAACCCAUGCCCACGGGUAUCCGACCGCCCCCGAUUCAGUCAACGCGGGGAAUCCCCGCAUUGACCAGGUAUGGGCCAGGUAUGGGUAAAACCCGCAAAAAAUUUGAUGGGUAUGAUGCGGGUAUGGUUUUAGCUUCUCCCGCCCCAUACUCAUACCCAUACCAGGCCCACCAAAAAUAUUUCUUCAUAUAUGAAAAAUAUGUGAAUCAAUUUGUAACCUAUCAAUAAUAGCUCAAGAAAAAUAUAUAUAGUAGAAAUGCAAUUGAGUGGCCACCUAAAUCAAAUUUCUUUCUCUCAAUUUUUCCUUCACUCUUUCACCUUUUUCCCUUGUUAAGAAAAUUAUGUUAGUUAAUUAUUACUUAAUAGAUGUAUCAUAAUAGAGAAUAAUGAUUUUGGAUGACAUUGUACUCUAUUCUUAUAUGGAUUAAUGAAUGCUUUCGGAUAAGAUGCUUUGAAUCGUAUUAAAAAUUAUUGUCUCUUUGUCGACUUCAUGAUAUAGUAGGUGCGUUUAAUGUUAUAAUAGAAAAUCUAUGUAAAAUAUUCGGUAUUAUAAUGCUGGAUGUAUGGGGUGCGUAUUACCCAUGGGUACCCGAAACCCAUGGGUAUGAGGAUGAAUUUGCAAAACCUUUCCCGCAUGAAUAUGGGACAAUUAUGAGUAUAGAUAUUUGAAAACGGGAAUGAGGAUGGUUUAUUCAAACACGCCACAAAUCCGCCUCAUUACCAUCCCUAAUAAUGAUGCAAAUAGACGUAUUGCAGAGCACAUAAUCAAAACUACAAUGGAAUGGAGUUUUCAAAUAUUUGUAAUUGUAUUAUAUAAUGUGAUUGGAGUUUCACUCUGCAUUGUGAUAGUCGUCUGUGUUUUUGGUUCAUGUGGAAUGUGGUUGGCAAAUGAUUAACGGGGUGGGGGAAAAUCCAAUUAAUGGUAUCAAUGUGGACAUCCCACCACUAAUCUUGGCUCGGUUCUUUUGUUAAUCGAUAAUUGAGAACAUUUGAGGGUUAUAAUUGUUGCUGAAUUAAUGAUCAGAAGUUUAAUGAAGAUCACAAUGUUAAUGGCGACUCAAUAAGUAAUUACAAAAUUUUGCACUUAGUACAAAAUUGUCACAAAUCUUUAAUUUGUAAUGAUAUAGUAACAAAAUAUAGUAACUAUUUCAUACAAGUUCAAUCUAUUAUUAUUGUAUCGUUACAAAUUAAUUUUUUUGGUGAUAGUUUUGUACAAUGUUCAAACGUUUGAAAGAUCAAUCACUGUAGCACUUGCUCUAGUCGAGGUAUGAUGCCUUUGUUAAUUUGUGUGAAUAAUAUGAUCGUAACAAAGGAUGACAAUAGUC